CGGUCGUGCGCUUGACUGCAGGUCCGGGUUUUACCUCCUUUGCUUUCUUUAUUCCUCCCUGCCUCCCCGUUUCUUUCUCUGUUUAAUGCGCCCCGGCCUGCCGUAUGUGUGUAUUUAUUUAUUUAUGCAUUCUUUUUGAAAGUAUUUAGCUAUUUUCUUUCUUUUGGUUAUAUUUUAGUCGUUCCUCAAAUGAGAAGACGUAAAAGAUGGAGCUCCACAUUUUAGAGCAUAGCUUGAAAGUGGCGAGUAUAGAAAAGGAGGGGAUCCAGAUUUGCACUCACGGACUGAUAAAACUCGCCUUCUUGGCCUCCAAAACAAGAUGCAAGUUUUUCAGUUUGACGGAGACUCCAGAGGACUACACCAUCAUCGUCGACGAGGAAGGCUUUAAAGAGCUGCCGCAGUCGGACCUGAUCAGCGUCGCGGACGCCACGUGGUUGGCCCUCAACGUGGUGUCGGGCGGCGGCAACGCUUCCAGUUCGCAGCCCAUCGGAGUCACCAAAAUCGCCAAGUCCGUCAUCGCCCCGCUGGCCGACCACAACAUCUCCGUCUUCAUGCUGUCCACGUACCAGACGGACUUCAUCCUGGUCCGGGAGCGCGACCUGCCGAUGGUCAUGCACACGCUGUCUUCCGAGUUCACGCUGCUUCGAGUCGUCAACGGAGAAACGGUUGCUGCUCACGACCUGGGCGUCUCCAACGGCUUCGUGAAGCCGAAGCUCGUUCCCCGUCCCAUCAUCCACCCUCUGUCCAGUCCCAGCAACAUGUUCUGUGUGACCAGCCUGGACCCGGACACGCUGCCCUCUGUGGCCACCCUGCUCAUGGACGUCAUGUUCUACUCUGGAGGGUCCAAAGAGGUGGGUGCGUCCGGCACGGACCCGAGCCACAUCCGGUUCUUUUCCUUCUCCCUGAUCGAGGGUUACGUCUCUCUGGUGAUGGACGAGCAGACGGCUCAGAGGUUUCCAAACAACGUGCUCUUCACCAGCGCCUCCGGCGAGCUCUGGAAGAUGGUUCGGAUCGGGGGACAGCCUUUAGGAUUUGACGAGUGCGGCAUCGUGGCUCAGAUUUCAGAACCUCUGGCAACAGCUGACAUUCCUGCUUACUACAUUAGUACCUUCAAGUUUGACCACGCUCUGGUUCCUGAAGAAAACAUCCAGAGUGUGAUCGGAGCGCUGCGGACGGAGAGCGCGGCGCCGUAGCAAACCGUCACGGCGGCCAUCUUUGUUUAAAAAGUGCCACGAGCGUGUUGUUGGGUCAGAACCGAAGGAGGGGACGUCUUUGUUACUCGUUUUCUUUACUCCCCCGUUUCCUCCGAGCCCUCCCCGCCUGCCGGCACUUCCUGCUUUAGUUUACUAAACCGAAAACGUUUCUUUACCUCUCUGAAGCUGCUCCCCCC